AUGCAACAACAACGUCGACGUCCUCCCGUGGCACUCUCACCUGUUGCUUUGAAUAAUAAUUCAAAUAGACCUAUACGUCAAUCUACUCGAAGUUCUUCUACUAUGCCACCGACUGUAAGUCAAUGCUUUGGAUGUUCUCAACCAAUGUACAAUCAAUUUAUAUCAAAUGUUCUUGAUCAUCUAUGGCAUCCUGAGUGUGUUCGAUGUUUUGUAUGUCGAAGUUUACUUAAUGAACAAUGCUAUUCACGUGAAGGAAAACUUUAUUGUAAAGAUGAUUUUAUUAAAAAAUAUAUUCAUCGUUGUUUUGCUUGUCAAAAUCUUGUACAAUCUCAUGAAUUAAUUCGUCGUAUUCGUGCUGGUCGAAUUUAUCAUGCUGAAUGUUUUGUUUGUUCAAAAUGUAAACGAACAUUACAAGAUGAUGAUAUAACAUCGUUACUUAAAACUGAUGGUGCAACAUUAAAUGAUUUGGAGUGUAUAUGUCAAACAUGUGUAAAUCCAAAUAAAUCUUCUGAUGAAACAAGUCUUUUACCAAAUGGAGAUGAAAAUAAAACAAAAGAUAAUGAAAUUUCUAAUAAAAUUAAUGGUAAAGCAUCACCUACAACUGAUCUACAAGAAGAAAAACCAUCAAUAAAUGGUACAACAGCUGUUAAUAAUCAUACUGAUGAACAACAAUCAAUGGAUGUUGAUGAACCACCACCACCACCUUCUCUUCCUUCUCUUUCAACAAUUAAACCAUCCAUAUCACCUGCUAAAGAACAUUCUCCACCACCAGUGACACCACCACCACCACCGCCACCAGCAAAAACUACUGGUCGACAAUCAAAAGUUCGUCAAAGUACAAGCAGUAAUGGUAGUAAACGUUCACCAGUAAAAUCAAAAACAACACCAGUGUCUCGUCAAAAACAGACAACUGCUAAUGAAAGAAAAGGUCGUUCGCCAGCAACAAGAUCGAAAUCAACAGGUGGAGCAUCUAAUAAUACUUCAGCUGCACAAAGACGAUCAAGUAAUCGUCGUACAACGAAAUCAACACGUUAUCGUAAACGAAGUUUUUCAAGUGGAAGUGAUGAAGAUGAAACUGAAGAUGAUGAAGAAGAUGAUACUGAUUUUAGUGAUGAGGAUAAUAUACCUGAUAACGAAAAAGAGACAUCUGUUUCACCUGCUAUUAAAAAUAAAUCAUCUACAAAUCACAACGAGAAAAAAUCAGAACCAGAACCUACUCCAGUUCCAGUUCCAUCACAACCAGUACCACCUCCACCUCCACCACAAACUGCAACAAAUCCAUCACUUUUAUCACAAGCUAAAAUGUCUGAACCAUUAUCAUUACUGAGUGGAUUAGCAGCAAAUCCUAUGUCAAUAUCAUCGAUUAUGAAACCUGAUGCAACACCUAGUUUUAUGCCUCCAAAUUUCAAUCCAGCAUUUCCAACUCCAUCACAAUUUCUACCACCUGGUUUUCCUUUACAACCAAGACUUCCAAUGCCACCACCACCAUCAUCAUCGUCGUCGUCGAUAACUACCACACAACUGCAAUCAGCACCUAUACCUGAUUCAAAUCGUUCAUCUCAUUCAGCUAAUGCUUCAGACACAGAUUCACUCGAUCGUUCAUCAAGUCCUUCACAAAUGGAUGUAUCAACUAAUGUUGAACCAGGUACACCAGCACGUCCAGUAACUCCACCAAAAGUACCACGUCAAUCAAGUUCAUCAGCUAAACCAUCAGCUCUUUCUUCAUUACUUGAAUUUGGUACAUUACCACCAUCAAGUCUUGGUGAUAUACGUUCAUCUAGUGGACCUACGAAUCCAUUUCCAUUUCCAUUUGUUACACCUGGUCCAGGUGUACCAUUUUCACCACAAGCAGCGGCAGGUAUGGCUACUUUCUAUCGUCCACCAUUUGGUAUUCCACCAUCAGCUAUGCCACUUGAUAUGACUCAAUCAAAUUCGAAUUCAUCAAAGAAAAAAUCAGAUACAACAGAUAAUGAAGAAAUUAUCUCACAAAAUUUACUUGAUGAUUCAUCAACAUCAGCACCAGCGAAAAAGAAAGCACGUAAAUCUAAUUCACGUAGUAAAGCAAAAGCUGCUAAAGUUGAUAUUGAUCCAGAAAAUGGUAUGGACGAAGAUAAUACAUCAACACCACCGCCGCCAGCACCACCAGUAAAUAAAAGGAAGAAAAAACUAAAAGCAGAUGUUACAGAAAAUGGUAAUACGAAUGAUAGUGAUGAAACAAAAAUAACAAAUGGAAACGGAAAUGGAAAUAAUCAUUCACAUAAUCUUUUUGCUCAAAUGGGUCUUAUGAAUAAUUCAUUUAUGCCUCCACCAAUGCCACCAUCAUCUGCAUCAACAACAAAUGGUAAAUCACCAACACCGAAUUCUCAACAAGCUCAACAAGCUCAAUUAGCAGCUAUGUAUAAUAUGGCACCACAUUUUGCAGCUUACAAUGCAUUUCAAGGUGCAUUUAAUCCAGCAUUUGCUGGUGCUUUUGGUGGUGGUUAUCCAGCUCCUUAUGGAUUUCAUCCUGCAUUUGGUGCAACAAAUCCAGGUCAACCAUUUCCAUUUAUGCCACCAACACCUUCUUCAACAGGAUCUCCACUAAACAAUACAUCAACAUCAGAAGAUAAACCAUCAUCGAUCGUUGUACCUGAAACACGACCACCAAAAUCACGAAGUAAAAGUACUACAGGUGGAGAAAAGAAGAAACCAGCAACUCCUCGAGGAAAUAAAAAGAAAUCAUUAGUACCAUCUACAUCAACAGAUCUUCCUGUAGCAACGGAAGGUGAAUCAGUUCAACCUCCUCCAUCGAUUGAAUCAAUUGCACAAAUGGCUACAACACCUGAACCAACAUCUACACCUACUAAACGACAAAUGAGUGCUACAGAUAGUGAAGAUUUCGAUGAUCAACAACAUUCACAACCAACAAAUGGAAAGUCUGGUAAUGAAUCUGAUGGUUCAAUGGGUGAUGGAGAUCGAUCAUUGAAUACUGCUCCAUCAACAUCUUCUUCUACAGCACCUGAAAAGAAAGGUGCUCGUACAACAAUUAGACCACAGCAAUUAGAUGUUUUAUGUAAAGCAUAUGAUUCAUGUUCAAAACCAAAUAAAGCUCAACGUGAACAAUUAGUUGCUGAUACUGGUCUUAGUUUACGAGUUAUUCAAGUUUGGUUUCAAAAUAGACGAUCUAAAGAACGUAAAGGAAAACCAUCUAAAGAAAGAGAAACAGGAUUAGACGAUGACGAUGAAGCUGGUGACGAUUCUCAACCAUCAUCCCCACCACCACCACCAACUACAUCUGAAUCAAUUCCGGUUAACAACACUACUGAAACAUAA